AUGGGUUGGAGAGGAAUUUUGGGAUUUGAGUAUGGCAUAGUUCAGGCGUCAUUAGGGCCCGAUAUAUUUGGCCCUCAGCUUGUUGCAGUUGUUACCAAUGUUGUAGGGCUUGGUCUUCUCAGUGGCCCUGAUCGGGAGUGUGAUUUAGCAUUGCCUGGUCAUGGAAUGCAAGGUUCUUCAAUCCUCGGGACCGGUAGUGUUGUAAGCUCAAUAGGAAGGACCACACUUUUGUCAUAUUGCCAAAGCAAAGGAAUCAGUUGCCCGGAGUUCCUCCUCGACCUUGAGGUGGGCCUGCGCGCACCUUGA